CGAGGCGGGGUCUGAACUAGCAGGCGCGGCCUCUGCGAGCUGGGGGCGGGGUUCUGCACCGGCGGGGGCGGGGCUCUGAGUGGUCGGGGAGGGGUCUGGGCCAGCAGGCGCGGCGUUUGCGAGCUAAGGUCUGGGUUCUGCACCGGCGGGGGCGGGGCUCUGCGUGGCCGGGGCGGGCUUGGGAUCCGCGGGGCGACACCCGGUCUGGCUUGGGCAGGCUGCCCGGGCCGUGGCAGGAAGCCGGAAGCAGCCGCGGCCCCAGCUCGGGAGACAUGGCGGGCGUUAAAGCUCUUGUGGCAUUAUCCUUCAGUGGGGCUAUUGGGCUGACUUUUCUUAUGCUGGGAUGUGCCUUAGAGGAUUAUGGCGUUUACUGGCCCUUAUUCGUCCUGAUUUUCCACGCCAUCUCCCCCAUACCCCAUUUCAUUGCCAAAAGAGUCACCUAUGACUCAGACGCAACCAGUAGUGCCUGUCGGGAACUGGCAUAUUUCUUCACUACUGGAAUUGUUGUUUCUGCCUUUGGAUUUCCUGUUAUUCUUGCUCGUGUGGCUGUGAUCAAAUGGGGAGCCUGUGGCCUUGUGUUGGCAGGCAAUGCAGUCAUUUUCCUUACAAUUCAAGGGUUUUUCCUUAUAUUUGGAAGAGGAGAUGAUUUUAGCUGGGAGCAGUGGUAGCACUUUAUUCUGAUUACAGUACAUUGAAUUUCUUAGAACUCAUACUAUCUGUAUACUUGUGCACAUGCAGCAUUUUACUAUGAAAUUUAAUAUGCUGGGUUUUUAAAUACCUUUAUAUCACGUUCACUUUAAGGAAGACUUCAUAAGUAAAAGAUGAGUUUUAUUCUCAGCAAAUAGACCUGUCAAAUUUAGAUUAUGUUACUCAAAUUAUGUUACUUGUUUGGCUGUUCAUGUAGUCAUGGUGCUGUCAGACAAUAUGUUAACCCAGUCUUGUAGACAGCUGCCACCUUACGCAGUGCAUCUAAACCUUUUGCUUGGGGAUGUGCUUGGAGAGGCAGAUAACACUGAAGCAGGUCUCUCAUGGCCCAGGAAGGCAGGGGUGGAUCCCUCCUUGUGUUGUAGUCCAUGCUAUUCAAAGUGUGGCCCACAGACCAAGAGCCUCAACAUUUCCUAGGGCCUUAUUAGAUAAGUGCAGAAUCUGAAGCCCCACUCUGGACCCAGGGCAUUUUGAUGAGAUCCACAGGAGCUGUAUGCACAUGAAGGUUUGAGAAGCAUCGUCAAAGAGAAGUAAACAUCACACCCAACUUCCUUAUCUUCCCAGUGGCUAAACCACUUAACCUCUCUGGGUGUUACCUGCUCAUUUGUUUGAAAACAAAAAAAAAGUCUCACCUGCCCUCAUGCUGAGGACAAGUUCAGAUGUUCAAGCCUAUAAUAUUUAGGCUGUUCCUCAAAUUUGUGAAAAGUGUUCUCAGAAUUGGGAGAUAGUCAAAGGGUACAAAGCCUCAGGAGGAAUAAGUGUGAUUUUUUUUUUUUAAGAUCACUUGCACAGCAUGCUAAAUAUAGGAAUAAUUGAAUGUAUAUUUCAGUAUUGCUAAGAGAGUAAAUUUCUAAUGUUUUCAUUAAAAAGUUAAAUAUUUGAGGUCAUACGUUAAUUAGUGUAAUCAUUCCACCUUAUAUUCAAAACUCAUAACACCAUAUUGUACCCUAUAAAUAUAUACAAUAAUUUGUAAAUAUAUAAUCAAAAUAAGUUAAAAAAAAAAAAAACCCCUCUCCCCUAAAACAAUUCUCAGUGGCGAACAGAUAUAUCUUCUCAUCUGAAAGGCAAUGCCGGGGGAAGAGCUCCACUGAGAUGUGGGCUGGGAGGCUGGGCUGGAGCCAGCCCCUACAUUAGCAGGAGGGGAAUAAUAGAUAUGUGACUCUUUUACAUUUCCUUUAUGAUCUGGCGCUUCUCCCCAGCUCCUUCCCUCUGCCCCCCACCCCUACUCUUCAACAGUUUGGUUUGCCCUGACUUCUCUACGACUCUGGCUUUUUCCUGAAGUGAUACAGGAGCCAUGUAAGCACGCAGUGGAUGAACUGCUUAAUUCCACUACAUGUUGAUGUACUUAUUGUCUUCUAUUCUGUAGGUCUUUUCUAUAUAACUUUAUGCCACCCUUAAAUGAAUCAUUGGGUAUACAUGUCAUGUUGGAUCCUGUAAUCACAGUUUUCCCAGCUCAUCUUUUUCUAAGAUCUGUUGAGAAAGGGAAAUAUGGGAAGGAGAACCAUUUGAUCAGAAUACAACCAAUAGUCUUUAAGCAUUUUUAAAGUAUGAAACUGAAAUACAUUCAAAACACUUAAUCCUUGAGGCUUGUGAUCUGAGUAAUUAGCGGAUAUGAUGCUGGGACCAGAAAAUAGAAAGUAAUAACUAAAGGGUUAAUGUGCAACAUUAUUUUUUGGACUUGUGCAUGAUUUUAUGUUUUCAAUGUCCUGUGUACAUAUAGAAUUGUUAAAGUUGUUGUUUCCAAUAUUUAUAUUAGAAAAAUUAUUUAGAUACUUUAUAAUUUUAACCAGCAUUUUUUAAUGACACUUGCAUUUAUUGUAUUGUAAUAAAUUUCACUUUUAACUUUAAAA